CCUCCACCGCUGGUACCUGGCACACAGCAAAGUGGAUCUCGGAAGCAGAAAAAAACUGAUGACCUGCGAAUCAUUUUGGUGGGGAAGACAGGAGCAGGGAAGAGCGCAGCAGGAAAUACCAUCUUGGGGAGGGAAGCGUUUCAGUCAGAACUGUCUUCUUCCUCCUGGACAUAUCAAUGCAAGAGAGCUGAGGGAGAGGUAGGAGGUCGAAAGGUCGCCGUCAUCGACACUCCGGGCCUGUUUGACACUAAUUUCACCGAAGAAGAAGUGUUAAAAAAGAUCAAGACGUGCAUCUCUCUGUCUGCUCCUGGGCCUCAUGCCUUCCUGGUGGUUCUCAGACUGGGUAGGUUCACUAAAGAGGAGCAGGAAACCGUCAGAAUGAUUCUGAGUACUUUUGGUGAGGAGGCAGCUCAAUACUCAAUAGUGUUGUUCACACAUGGAGACAAACUAAAGACACAAAGUAUUGAAAGCUUUGUUUCAAAGAGUGAAGAACUCAAAGUGCUCAUUCAGGAGUGCAAUGGCAGAUAUCACGUCUUCAACAACCAAGUGAAAGACCAGGUACAGUCUGAUCAGCUCCUGGAGAAAAUAGUUGGAAUGACACUGGACAAUGGUGGAGAGCACUACACAACAAAGAUGUUCAGAAAAGCUAAAAAGGCUUCAAAGAAAGAGAAACAACGGCUUUCAAAGGAGCUGAAGUCAGUGGAGCAGCAGAGUAGGAGGCUGAAGGCUGAAGUUGAGAGUGAGAUGAGUUUAACAGGACGCUCAAUGAAACACAGCAAAUGUCUUCUGCAGUAGCUAUUCUCAUUGACCAUGUCUAUGCAGAAUAUCUAUGUAGUCUAUGUAACAGCAUACAUAUGUUGGCCCAUUAUUCUGAAACCCCAUUAGUCCAAAAAAGCCCUUUAUCCCGAAAACAAACUGCCAUUGUUCCGAAGGUACACACUCUCCGUGCAACAAACAGAAGCAUGUGGAUAACUGUUAUGCAGAAUGAAUACAUUACUACUAUGGCGAAGGCAUGACCCACCUUAGUCUGGCUCUGGUUGGCUUACUCUGAUAUUCUUACCCUCACCCUAAACAAUCUCACUCCUCAUGCCGAACCCUAAUCAACCAAAACGACAACGAGUACUAGCCAAUCAGAGACGGAGUAGGGCAAGUAAGGUUUUCGCCAUAGUAUAAAAAAAGAAAUGUCGCCGUCAUUUUGCAUGAUAAUUAGGUUUGUUUUCGGGGUAACAGGCUGAUUUUUAUGAACUACUUGUGUUUGGGAAUAAUGGGUCGUUGUAACAAAAGGCAGUCCCCGGAGGAUGUAGGGGAGUUUCUCAGCUAGAGUUUCAACAAAGUCUGUCAAAACACUGAAUCACAUGCUGACUCUUUAGAAUACAGCAUCUUAUAUUACUGUAGCACAAGUUCAAAUGUUCACUACCUAAAGAUCACAGAAUCCAUGCAAUAUGUGUUUUUCAUGCAUUUGUCCGUAUUUUAACAAUAUGUCCCUGCUGAGCAGCAAUGCAACGUUAAUGCAAAUGACCACCAAAGUGAUGCAAAUCUAAUGUUUGGUUCCUGAAUUAAAAACGAGCUGUGCUGGAAACAGAAGAGAAAAAGUAAACUGAUGAAAUAAAGUACAGUCACAAUUAUCAUUUUGCAGUGUAGGAAUGUACUGUAAAGCCAGACUAAAGACCACAAUGUUUAUAUUUACAUUUUCAAUAAAUAAAAUGAACAUUUUCAAAAGUGAGGGAAUAAUCAUUCUAUACUCUGUAUCGAUGACGAUGACUUACUCUUUACAGUAUUGUUUGAUAAUGACCAAUUUAUAUUAAAUUGCAAUAAUAUUUCAUGAACAUAUACACUGAUGUGAUGCUCUGAUAAUUAAGCAUUAAAUGAUAUAUUGCAUUAUG